CAGAGGGGGAGAGGGAGGGCGAGAGAGCUGCAUACAGACAGAGAGAGAGAGAGAGAGAGAGAGAGAAUGCAGCGAGGCCAGACGCUUUAACGCCUUCCUACCUGGAUUUAUUUCUUUCUGCUUUUUGUUUUAAGUCCCAGCAGCAAUAAAACUGCGACGGCAAUAUCAGAGAAUAACUUUAUUAUUAUUUUACACAUAUUACUGCUGAGAUUCCAACAAAUGAUGGUUUUCUAUCAGGAGAGUCUGUGUUUUGAAGCGGAACAUCUUGUUAUUUAGAAGAACAGCACUGACAUCCGCCCGUAGGCAGGAGCUGUCUCACCUGCAGCCAGAAAGACAACCAUAUAAGGUUUAAAAUGGUCAGUUUACCCUGAGCAGCGUCUUGCAGGUCAGGAGAGCGACAGGAAGCUUAUCCUGCCCAGCAGAAGGACGUCAGGAAAAAAAUAGAAGACGGGUCACAGAGACGUCAGAUAGAUGGUCUUUCCCUCUCCUUUACAGCAUUUCUUUCAUGGCCUGACACCUAGCUGCCCUCUGACCCCUCCCUCCACCCCUCCUCCCCCCUCAACAUGUCCGACCGCCUCCUCUCUCACUGCCUCGACAGCUCGAGGACAUCAGGUCAGGAAAAGAAGUGAGCAAGGAUUUAGUGAAGGCGCUUACGUCUGACGUGUGAACUCCGUCCUCCUCCGAGGAUAGAAGUUGACUCUCUGCAGGUGGGACGUGCUGAUGCAAGAUGGCGGCAGGUGUGGCGACGUGGCUGCCAUUUGCACGGGCCGCGGCAGUGGGAUGGCUGCCGUUAGCCAAGAAGACGAUGCCCAAACCUCCUGUGGACAACUCGUCCAGAUCGGAUGAGAUCCUGUAUGUCAACGUCAGCGGGGUCAGGUUUCAGACAUGGAAGAACACUUUGGAUCGUUAUCCAGAGACGCUGCUGGGCUCCUCAGAGAAGGAGUUCUUCUUCAACGAGGACACACAAGAGUACUUCUUCGACCGAGACCCUGAAAUGUUCCGGCACAUUCUUAACUUCUACCGCACCGGGAAGCUGCACUACCCGCGGCACGAGUGCGUCCAGGCCUUCGACGAGGAGCUGGCUUUCUACGGCAUCGUGCCAGAGAUCAUCGGAGACUGCUGCAUGGAGGAAUACCGAGACAGGAAAAAGGAGAACCAGGAGCGUCUGGCAGAGGACACGGAGGCCAAUGAGGCGAUGGACGCCCCCCUCCCUCCACACAGCACCUCCAGGGAGCGGCUGUGGCGAGCCUUCGAGAACCCGCACACCUCCACCAUGGCGCUGGUCUUCUACUACGUCACGGGCUUCUUCAUCGCCGUGUCCGUCAUCGCCAACGUGGUGGAGACAGUCCCCUGCCGGCCCCCCAAAGGCAGCGUUAAAGACCUUCCCUGCGGGGAGAAGUACCAGCUGGCCUUCUUCUGCAUGGACACGGCCUGCGUGCUCAUCUUCACCUUCGAGUACCUGAUGCGUCUGUUCGCCGCGCCCAGCCGCUGCAAGUUCAUGCGCUCCGUGAUGUCGGUGAUCGACGUGGUGGCCAUCAUGCCCUACUACAUCGGCCUGGUGAUGCCGGAGAAUGAGGACGUGAGCGGUGCCUUCGUCACCCUUCGGGUUUUCCGUGUCUUCCGGAUCUUCAAGUUCUCGCGUCACUCGCAGGGUUUGAGGAUUUUGGGCUACACGCUGAAGAGCUGCGCCUCUGAGCUCGGCUUCCUGCUCUUCUCCCUCACCAUGGCCAUCAUCAUCUUCGCCACCGUCAUGUUCUAUGCCGAGAAGGGCACCAAGGGCUCCACCUUCACCUCCAUCCCCGCCUCUUUCUGGUACACCAUCGUCACCAUGACCACGCUCGGGUGAGUUAACCUCAGCCGUAUGUUGAUUCUGACAUUAACCAGAUUUUAUUUUGCCGCCGGUGGCUGCACUGCUAUUAAAACAGUCGUCAUAGCAACGUGA